AUGAUUCAAGGUUUACCUAAAGGCGUUUCUAUUUUGGAAAGCGCAUUGCAAUGGCGUCUUCUAAGCGAAGCAGAACUGGUAGCUUCGGAGUCAGUAGAGGGAACCUUAGUAAGUCAAGGAAGCGCUGAAUGGACCAUAAAUAGAAGACUCAUACCCUCUGGUAUCUAUCAAAUCAAAUUCACUGCAUCAGUCAAGAUUGGUGAUCCAGCCGCCCCGCAGACUCUCCAGGCGUUUGAUUAUGGUUUCAUUGAAAGCAUCCCUGGUCCAAUACUUGCAAUAAUUGACGGUGGGAGCAGAGUUCGAUGGGGGUCACCAGAAAAUGUUACAGUGGAUGGUUCGCUCAGUUACGAUGGAGAUAUUGGUCCUGGAACCCAUACUGGCCUUAAUUUUACUUGGUCUUGUUCAUUGAAUAAUUCAAUCAGCUAUAGCUGCUUCGGUGCAUUUGCGAACGAAAACGCCAAUGCCACAGGCAUAAUUAUCAAUACAGAAACACUCUUAGCUGGAAAUGCUUACGUUCUAAAGUUGACUGUUUCCAAAGAUACAAGACGUGCUUUUGCUGAAAUGAAAUUUGAAAUAGCCGCCAAGGUAGUACCGCAAGUGGUGCUAAGGUAAGAGUUGUAAGUAGGGAAUACUCUGAAAACUAGUAUACAGCACAAUAUAGAGUGAGGCAAUGGCGGAUCCAAAGGAGGGGCCCGCAGGGCCCGGGCACCCCUCUUAUUUUUGGCCCCAGCUGAGGCCCGAUCCGUGGCCCCUUAUCUCAGGGAUUGGAUGACCGCCACCCACUUUCUAUGAAGUAAUCGCUAUAUUCUUUUCAUCUCCAGAUGCUUUAUUGAUUGCGGUAAAGUAGUGUCUGCUACAAGCAAGCUCCGCGUGACUUCGGAAUGUCCCAAUUCAGCAUGCAAUAGUUCAGUUUACGAGUGGCGUCUUAAGCAAAGAAAGGAGGCAGAUCGGUGGGAGAAUAUACCUAUUUUGCCUAAUAUGACAUCCACUGUGGUAAAUGCCACUAACAUGAUCAUCAAGAAAAAUUCUUUGCCCUCUGGUUUCUACUUCAGUUUACAACUCUUCGUAACAUCUCAAGCAGGGUCGGAAGGGUUUGGAGUCCUGGAGUUCGAGACCGCCGGAGCUCCACACGGUGGGUUUUGCGCGAAGUCAAUCAACGAGGGUGUGGCGCUUGAGACGGAGUUUACGUUUGAAUGCUUUGAAUGGGAAGACAAAAAUGCUCCAAUAACUUACGAAUUCCGUGUUGAAAAGGACAUGAUAUCGUAUGGAAGGUCUCCUAAGUCUAGACCUACAGUGUUAGCUGCCGGACAACAAGAAAGUGAUUAUCAGCUACAAAUAAACAUCAUUAUAAAGAACUCCAUUGGUGUAGCGGUUGAGGAAAAGGCAUUUGUUAAGGUAACGUUUAGAUUUCAAACUGAAGCGUAUACCUUCGCGUAUACUGCUUGAAAGAAAAAAUGACAUCAGAAUAUUACGUUAUUCUAGUCCCAUACUUUUUUGUGGAUAAUCGAUUUGAAAAAUACGCUGCAGAAAAAGGUUUGCAAGUAGGGAGGUAAACGUGUGAUUUAAAUUCCCAUGGCACCUUUCCUCCAUGAUUGAUUUCUAUAGCGGAGCACUAUGAGUAAGAAAAACUGGCAACCUGUCUUUGCGGGAUGUUUUGAUCCUGACAUUAGCGUACUUCCUUACGUACAUGUAUACAUACGCCCGUACAGUCUUUAAGGGAGAGAAAAGCGAGUCCCAGAUAUACAGCUUACGAAAGGUGUUUUUGUUUUUUAAUAAGGUCAUGAGAUCUUCCAAGUUUGACCUAUGUUUCACUCCACCAGAAGAAGUAGGCGAGCAGUUAAAACGCCUUGUAGUCUGGGAGGGAUGUAAGCUAGACGGACUUCUGAAUAAAGGUGAAAUCAACCAGGGAGCACAGCUGGCGCUGUCGGUACUUAAAACUGCCAAGGCAAAGUCAGUUUGCGGACAGGAGUUAAGUUUGAUUACAAUAACACAGGUUAGUACAUUUAAAUUUACUAAGCAAUUUCAUUUUAAGGAGGACUUCUUGUUGAAACUUCAUUCAACUCGGACUCCAACAUUGUUGGAUGCUUAUCUCAGUAAGUUCUUGGGAUGCGGAUCGGGAUUCAAUGGCUACCCUUUUUCCGAGACCGAGAAAUUUGCACUGUCUUCUUGCACUCUUACGAUGAAAGCUUAGUUGAAGAGAAAGCGACCCCGAAUGCAAGACUAUCUUUAGCGCACUUAAUGGAUGUUAAUAAAGUGUUUCUUGGUACCUCAUGGGCAUCUGGUGCUGAAUCUGACUCAGAAAACCAACAGAUUACCAAUACUAUUCAUGACUGCUCGCCAAAAAUGAUGACAGAACGUCAUUGGUUCGGGUUCUAUAAUGGCUAUCAUAACACUGCUUUUAUUGAUCUACAUAGAUAUCAGACACCAUCACCGAGAAGUUCUCAGCAAUAAAACCAGCGAGUGGCAAGAUGUCUGAUGUCAUAUUAGGUGUAAUUAAUGAGGCAACUGUGGAAGGAGGAGAUGGAGCCAAAGCUUUGGUACCACACAUUUCUUCUUAUAUAUCUAUCGGCCAAUCCAUCUGCCUUAGGUCCUGACCUCCAUACGUUACUUUGUCUUCUAUGUGUCCCCUACUUAUACUGUUGUCCAGUUUUCAUUCCUUUACUCGUUCUACGAUUGACGGUAUGUUCCUGUCUUUCUUUUCGCCAGAUAUUUUUUCUGUCCUCCAUUAUUUACUCAGAUGAGAUAUAACGCUUACAAUUUAAUGAAAUAAAAAGAAAAAAAAAAUAUAUAUAUAUAUAUAAUUUUUUUUUUUUUAGUGGAAUAAAGAACGAAAGAGACAAAUCAGUUUAUUAGCGUAAUGGCUUGCACCAUACUUUUCAUACUGACCGGCUGAAGCAGAUUGGCGGCUCUCAUGGAAAAAAUUUUACCAAUCUGUUGAGGAAUGCCAAAAAUCACGAUACAGAGGACCAAUCAGCAAAUAAUCUGUCCUCCUCCCUCUUUUCCGUAUUGUAUUGUAUUCACGUGGCAAUUGAGGUUGCCGCAUGGUGUUAUACAGCUGCACAUGUUAGUGAUAAAAAGAAGCAAGAAAAUUAAAGAGAUGUCUAAAUAAUUAACCAGUAUUUGUUUGGAGUUAAGGAACGUUGGAAAACCCAUCGCUGUCAAAAAAUGAACAAGAUUAUCAAUUUGUUGUAGGAAAUGGCACUUAAAAUGUCCGAAAGUGCAACAUCAACACUUGCCAAUGCCUUGAACGACCCAGAGGAACCUUUCACUCCUGAAUUAGAGGAAAGAGCCACAAGUGUCGCAAGUUGCUUGAGGAACGUUAUGAAAGGAGCAAGUCAAGAUGCUCGAUCGACUUCGGGGGAUUCCUCGUCUUCAAAGGUAGAAAAAUAUGGCUAACUCUGUUUGAUCUUACGUGCAACGAUUUUAAAGGGACAGUCAGAAUAGGAUACUUUUAAGGUCCGGGAUUGACCUUCGGACCCGGAAGCCUGUUUCAUAUCAGUUUUCUUUUCUGACCAAGUAUUAGCUGGCAUGGCACCAUGAAAACGCACCAAAUCGUUAUGCACCAUACUGCCAUUGUACUUGUUCACCUCGUUGGUUGUUCCUGGUCGAGGUUUAAUCCACAUUGAGCCCAUUUCCCCAAAUUCCCGAUAAUUACCUUGCCCGGAAAGCUGCUAUGUCAAGACCCAAAUCUCACUAGUUUUGCAAAUACAUGAUUAAGUUCUCAAUGAUGUUUGCUAAUAUAUCACUCCGGACCCGAAAGUUACAGGACUUUCGAGAAAGGGACAAUGCUCCAUUGUUAAUCACUCCCCUAAAGAAGUCACUCACUAUUCCAGCCCUUCCCCCGUCAGUUGUGAGAUAUAUACGCUGGGAUAUACGCUCGGAUUUACGCUAAGUUGUACGCAGAGAAUUGUCUGAAAACUGGUAUUUAUCAACUUCUUUCAACUUCUAUAUGUAGAAUAACGUCGAACAAGCUUCUCAAAACCUGCAAAACAUGAGUGAUGCGUUUUUUGGUCGCUUGGUGCGGUCAGAAAAUUUAGUAAUUAAAACAGAUGAUCUCGCGCUAGCUCUAAAGAAGGUCUCCUCUGAUGAUGUUAAGGGUCUAAGUACGGAAGAAGGACCAACAAAGUUUGAGUUGCCCGGAAAUCUUGGAAAUUUGGGUGCUGGGGACAUCAAUGCAAAGGUAAUAAGGCAGAUAAGAGCCACUUAAAAGAAGUGUUGUCCUUUUGCAUACUCUAGGACCCUUGCCACUUUCAUAUGUUUGUAUUUGUUUUGGUCAUAUUUAGCUCAAUGUCAAAAUAUGAGAGAAACAGCCUUGAUCUUCUUAGUUAUUCUUAAUAUUUCUACACUUCUGACUGGCCAAGGCUAAUUAUUCGUAAUGGUCUAUCGCUAUUCCAAUUAGGUAGCCAAUUUUUGGUGCUCUCAAAUUUUUGGCUCUUUCAUGACAAUGUUCUUUUGAAACUAACCCCUUCAUUCUUGUUACAAUUGCAGAUGACGGCUGUUAAAUUUAACCCUUAUACCUGGAACAAUAGCAGCAAGGCCAUCCAAUCAAAUGUUAUCGGCCUCGAGUUACAAAAUGGCAACACGAAGAUCAAUGUGUCGAACCUUGAUGAUGACAUUGUGAUGGUCAUUCCAAUAAGCAGCCCAGCCGAGCAAAAUACAAAUACUAGUAGUCCAACAGAACAUUCUUUUCUUAAGCCAGACAAAAUGUCAAUCCGUUCUUAUAACGCACAACUGGCAGAGGUCCCCGUUUCAAUUAAUAUGGCUGUGGUGGAAAAGGGUUUAUUUCUUGUUAAAGUCUUUGUGAAAUUUGGAUCCAGACCCACAAUAGACAGCUUUGACCACAACUUUACAAACCCGUUCACAUCAUCGUGUGGAAACCAGACAAGCGGCAUGCAGAACCUUUCAUCCUGCCUUCCUGAUGAGUUCUCCAUGACAGUGGUGCCACCAAGUGCAGGUCCUCUUUAUGCUGGAAUACUUUUAGUAGGAAAUAAAAACACUAACGAAAACCCCAGACAAAAGAGAUCAUGCUUCGGCCAGGGCCGACAAAAGCGGGCCUGUGUUGGUUUUAAAGAUCCACCACCAAAAGGAGUCACCAGAACAGUUAUUCCACAGUACGACUCAUCUACAGAUGUAAAUUAUACAAUGACCAUUACCCAGUCCAGUUGUUUGUAUUGGUCGGAAGAGAAAGACAAGUGGGAGUCAGAAGGUUGCAAGGUACUUUACCGGAUAAUAAGUAGACGCUAUCUUUGUACCACAUUGCAGACAUAAAAAAAAUCUAUUUUGUUAAAGUUUGCCAAAUGGAAACUUCUGUCCAGUAUCUAUGAUGGUUAGACUGGCUCCCGUUGUUCACUAAUAUACAUAACAGUAAUUACGUCGACCUUUCAGGGCAUAAAGAAAAAUCAAGAUGACAGUGUUUUAAACAUGGUAAAGAAUUGAACUGAUUUAACAAAUUAGCUUGUCGAUAAAACUAAAAAAGGUACCGUAAAUCAUCUAAUAAACGCCCCGGGUGGGAGGCGUUUAUUCUUGUAACUUAUUUUAACAAACUCAACAAAAUUGCAUACAGUAUGCUUUCGGCCAAAAACGUUUUUGUGUUAACAGUAUCUCAGAAUCUCGGCUUAUCCUUACUUUGAGCUUGAAAUUGAACAUGACAUAAUGCACAAACCGAUGUUAAUCAAGAAAUGAAAUUAAUAAAUUGAUUGACUUUGCUCUAUUUAUAUUUCGGCAUUUCUUAGUAUAUUGGAGCAAUUUUUAUGGAGGUGUUUUUUACAGAGGGGCCUUUAAUACAAACUUAAAAGCGCAAAUCCUAUAAAAUUACAUCAUCGUCCUAGGAAACAUUAUCAUUCUAUAAGACAACAUCAUUAGAAACUUUAAAAAGCCAAGUCUUAAGCUUAGAUUUAAAAGAAGAAAGGGAAUCGCAAGAUCUAAGCUCGAAUUCAAGUGUACUCCAAACAUAGAGUGCUGCAAUAGUAAAUGACCGGCCACCGGAAGUCUACCAGGUGUAUAACACUUGAUAAGAUCAGUGAUAUAGUUAGGUGCAGCACCUUGAAGAGCUUUAAAUGUAAUCACACAAUUUUGAAAGUUAGCUUAUGAUCAAUAGGUAACAAAUGAAGCAAGGUAAGCAACGGCUUGAUAUGUUUGUGUCUACUAGUAAGGUGAAUAAGGAUAGCAGCACUAUUCAGGACACUCUGCAAACGUCUUAAGAUACAUUUUGGUUGACCGUAGAGCAACGAGUUACAAUAGUUGAUCCUUGCAGUAGAAAAGGCAUGAAUUAGAGUUUUGCUUGUAUCGUGAGAAAUAAUAUUGCAAAUCUUAAAAAUAUUGCGUAGAUGAAAAAAAGAAGACUUUCAUACAGCAGUAACGUGCGGUACCAUCGAUAGAGAGUUAUUAAAAAUAACCCCCAUACUUUUAGCGAUACUUGAACAGUCAACAAUGUCAGGAGCAAUCAUCAGGUUUUUUAGCUACGGACGUGGGCGAUAGAAGGAUGAAAACACUAUACUGGUUUCUUUCUUCCCACUGUUCAGUUCCAGUUUAUUUUCUAGGGUUUGUAACUAACAUAAAAUGGAUGUCUUCUUUAGGUUGCACCUGAGUCAAACUCCACUCACCUUGUGUGCCGUUGUAAUCAUCUGACGUCCUUUGGUGGGAACUUCAUACAAGCACCGAAUCCAAUCGACUUCGACAAAGUUUUUACUGAGUUUGCAAAUCUUGCUGAGAGUGGCAACAUUUCCGUGCUUGUGACCAUUGCUUGCGCUUUUCUUAUUUAUUUCGUCGUGAUUGUUUUUGCGAGAAGAGCGGACAGAAGAGAUGAAAACAAGGUUAGUAUAAGUAGGGUAUGAAAGUAACCGUGACGUCUCCAACCAAAACGAUUUUUGUACGAACACUCGAAGUGGUGAUGGGUGAUGGAAUAGUUUCUGCUAUUAUACUCUGUUAUAGCUAUGAGCAUUCAACUCGUAGGUUCUGUGUACCCAAACUAAUAAUCUGAGUGGCCAAAGAUUGCCUAAGAUGAUCAAGGGCGUACUUAAACUCGCCGGCUUUUGAGAAUAUUCGCCAUUCAUAAUAGUUAGUUAAGAUGUUAUAAUUGACAGCCAAAGUCCAUGUAAAAAAAAUGAUACAUAUCUGUGAUGAAUGCAGUCUAACCUUACGUUCAUAGGGUACCUUUCGCUACGUUGUUUUAAAAAAAAGCAAAGAAUAAUGAUUAUAGGCCCUAAAUAUACACAAUUGCGGCUUCAAGAAACAUUCUGGAAUUUUGAGUUUCUGAGUAAGUAGGCUAUUUUUAGUCUACUUAUUCUGAUUUUAACCAGGGACUGCAUUUAAGAAUAUUAUUAAUAUUUUUGUUGUGGCAGAUGUAUCCUCCCAGGCAUAUAACCAUUGUAGACGAAGGAAGCUAUUAUUAUGAUACAGUCAUCUGCACGGGUGUUUGGAAGGAUUCAGGAACAACAGCUAACGUGCUACUCACCAUUAAGGGUGAGAGAAAUGAACAUAAUCAGGUUGCACUGCGAAGUAAAGGAGAUUCAUGUGACACCUUUUCACGAGGAAGCAUAAAUGGAUUUGUUCUGAUAACCAAAGAAUCACUAGGAGCUUUGAAAGAAAUAACUCUGGAACACGAUAACGCAGGAGAAAAUCCUUCCUGGUUCGUGGAAACGGUGACAAUCAGAGACAGGCAGACAGAAGAACAAUGGACGUUUCCGAUAAAUCGGUGGCUUGCGGUGGAGAGGGAAGACGGCCUUAUCGAAGUAACAGUUGACGACCAAAGCGUCACGUCCUUUACAAAUCAGGUUCGUUUUCGCUUCGGACGAAAAAUUGCAGACAGUCACUUGUGGAUAUCUGUAUUUGGUAAGGCAUCCAGCAGCACUUUUACUCGUGUACAAAGAGCAUCAUGCUGUCUGUCUGUUCUCUUCAGCGCAAUGAUUGCCAAUGCCAUGUUUUAUAACAUUGGUGGAGAAUCAGAGGGAGCCAUCCAGGUUGGACCGUUUAAAUUUUCUUUGAGACAAAUAAUAGUUGGCGUCCAAAGUGGACUUAUCGUUGCACCUGUCAACGUUUUAAUUGUUUUUAUGUUCAAGUCCAGCAAACCAAGAUCUAAAAAGGGAGACAAAUAUAAAGAAAUAGAUCAAGCUCAACAGCUGGUUGACAAAGUGAGGGAUACUGGCUGUAUGCUGCCCCACGUUUGUGUUUACAUUGCCUGGUUUCUCUGCUUUACAACGACGCUUGCAGCAGCAACCUUCACGUUAUUUUACAGUUUAAUGUGGGGUAAAGAAGUUGCGGAACAGUGGUUGUCCUCGAUCUUGAUAUCAAAUGGACAAGACAUUUUUGUUGUUCAACCAACAAAAGUAAUGCUAGCUGUUGUUUUGAUUUCAUUGCUGAUGACCAAAACUCAAAAGAAUAAUAGCCAAGAUUCAAAUGAUGAUAGAGACAGUGUCUCCUGUGAAAUCGAUUUGCUAAGUGAUAACCCUAAAGAGCGUUUUAAGCGAUCGAGAUUGGAAGCCAUUCGUGAGCGAACUAAAAAGGAGGUGAAGCUGGCAGGAAUGACGAAGGAGAUUGUCGUCCAUUUAAUUUUUGUCUUCUUCUUGGUGGUAGUAUGCUAUGGAAACAAGACACAGUAUCGUAUUAUGAUGACAACGACACUGCUUGAUCCAUUUGCUAAAUUUGACCUGGUAAGGAAGUAUUUUUAUAUAUAAUAACCUGCCAACAUCCCUGACUGGGCCUCCAUGAUUAUCAGCACAAAAUGCCUUAAAUGUGGCACUAAAUUUGAGACUACAAUCGGUGAAGAAAUUAGUUGAAACACCUCGCCCUAAAGGGCCUUUCUAACGUUUUGCUAACUUAAAAAAUCGAAAGUAAAGCUUACCCUCCCUCGUAUCCUCCAUCCAAUAUUUUGCCGCUGUUCAAGCUACCUGUAGAAAACAACAAAAAACCCCAACUUUGUAUGGAGGGGCGGAGGAGGAGGUGUGGAUUGUUUUGUUCUGCGAAGUUGCCCCAGUUGAGGACAAUGUCUCAACGACUUUGUCGCCAAUUGCAAAUAUAUCAAAUUUAUCGAUAAGUAUGCAGCUGAGAAACUUGCUCAAAAGACUGAUGGAUUUAAGCGUACACGCUUCAAACGCUUUAACGAUGAGCUUUGUACAGUUUCAUUAACAAAGAGUAAGAAUGAACCCUUAAUUUUUUAUAUUUCUUACCCGCCAAUGUGUCGUUAUCCAUCAUGACUAUCGUUCGCGGAUUUUUUUUUUCAGGUAACAGGCAGUCAAAAACUGGAUGGUUGGCUAAGGCAAGAGUUUCUCCCAAAUAUUUAUCACCGAUCAUGGUACAAUGGACUUCAGGAUGAAGACAUAUACAUUGGGAACAAGAUAUCCAUACUGAUUGGCAUGCCGUGGAUGAGACAAUUGAGGAUUAAAAGAGGCAAGUGAGUUGCAGCAAGCUAUUACCAUGCAUCAUGAACGAAACAAUCGACAACAAAAUCAAAUUCACUUAACCUAGUAGUUCAGUUUAUACGAAGGAAUACACUUGCCCACAUGUAGCCGGUGAAAAGCUGAUACGCCAAUCAACCUCAAAGCCUGAACAAUGACAGUGUUCUUUUUGUACCACUGAAUAUCUAUUGUUGACAUUACGGCUGUUAUGGUGAUGUACGCGGAGAUGUCCAGUUAUCGUCGCUCAUGUAGUACCUUCCGGAAGGAUCUCCAUAUAUAAAAUUUUCUCAAUUCUAUCGAAAGGUGGCUCACUAGCACCAUCAACACCCAGCAAAUUUAAUGCUUUUCAGUUUGCGACUGCUUAAAAGGAGUCGUUUAUAAUAUCGAAGAAUUCUCUUUUUUUUCCUUAUAUAUUUUCAAUUCUUCAUUCAUCAAAGAUGCUCCUUUUAACAAUAAAAUGUCAGAAUCAAAAAGCUCAAUGCAACUGUUAUGUUUUUUCUCAGAUUCUUGUAAGUCCCUUCCUGAACUUAUCCAAGACUGCUAUCACGACUACUCCAGAAAACACGAAGAAACCACGCCCCUGCGUCUUCCAGGCUGGAAACCACUUCCUCACAAUACGUCAUGGCCCGAGGCUCUAAACCUUUGCCCAAAACCUUGGCGUUACCAAACAAGUGAAGAACUGGAUAAUAAUCCCAUUAAAGCUACCUACAACACUUAUGAAGGAGGUGGUUAUGUCGCCGUUUUGGGAUAUGACGAAGCAACUGCCCAAGGUGUCCUGGGGGAAACUAUCGGUCAUGGAUGGGUUGACCGCCAAACACGAGCAGUGAUCCUGGAGUUCGCGGUGUUCAACGUGAACACGAACCUCCUCAGUAUCGCCACGUAUUUUUACGAGGUUAUCGCCACCGGUGCCGCCUACACUACUAGAAGGGUUGACACAGUCGAGUUGUACACAACAGAGUCUGGCGCUCUGCUGUUCUACCUAAUUUGCCAAUUUCUUUUCAUGGCCAUGGCACUUUAUUACUUUAUCUUAAUGAUAGUCCAUCUUUACCGACAACGACUUGGAUUUUUCAAAUCAGUUUGGAAUAUGGUUGAUUUCUUAAUGAUCAUUUCCUCUGUAGCGUCAGUGGCGUUUUAUAUGAUUCGAUCCAAGACUGUUUUAAAGAGCAUCAAAGCCAUUCAGAAUAAUCCCUAUGAAAUUGUACAUUUUCAUGCUGCUCUUGAUUGGGCCAACUGGGAAAACAUUGCAACUGCUUUUGCUCUUUUUAUGGUUACGGUUAAGAUGCUGAACCUGAUCCGUUUUAACCCCUAUGUCAUAUACUUAUUUUCAUCUUUCCGCCAGUCUAUUGGCUACCAGUUGUCCUACGUGGGUUUCUUCGUGAUCAUCUUUAACGCUUUCGUAAUAUCGGGAAUGAGGUUUUUCGGCCGUACAGUGGAAGAGUAUUCCAGCUACAUCAAUUCCGUAAUGUCUCAGUUUGAGUUUCUUCUGGGAAAGGCUGUCCCACUGAGUGGCCUUCGAAGAGAGAAUCCAUUUUUGGGGCCUACGUUCGCUUUCAUGUACAUGUUAAUGAUGACUGUAUUCCUUAUGAAUAUGCUAGUGUCUGUUCUUAACGAGUCCUACUCUGACGCAAAAGCAAACGCAGAAGAGAGUGCGGAAGAACUUGAGAUGGCACGCUUUAUUGGGGAGAGAUUUAUAGAAGUUUUUAAGGGAAACAAAAAGCGGCCCGAAUUCAAGUUAUACUGUGAUGAAGCAACAUUUGUCAAUAUGUGUCAAUCGGAAGCGGAACCCUUUUGUUUAAAUUCUGAAAGUAUCAUUAAGUGUACUGAAGAGAGGCUGGAAAAGGUUGAGAAAAGACUCUUUGUUCUAUCUCGACGUGCAGAAAAGAUGAAUACUUCUUAUGAGCAGGAGGAAACGGACUUCCUCGACCUCCUCCAAACAAUGGCGAAUCUUAGGACGGGUAAAACCAGUCACAUAUAA